AUGUCAACAACGAUCUACUGUGAUGAAGCCAUAUUCACAGGUGAAGUCUGUAUGUCAUGCGUUGACAGGAUUGACAUCCCAAUGCCAGGAAAAUGUGACAACUGCGAGAUCGAGAGAAGACGCCGUCGGGAAGCUAGACGUAGCCGGGAAACGCAACAAGGCGCAGAGCAUGCCGCUCUAACCAAAAAAGAUAUCAAUGAGGCUGCUGUAUCAGAUACAGGCAGCCAGAACCAAAUUGAGAAGAGCCAGGGGCGUGGUAUAAUGUAUGAUGACUGGAACGAUGAAGAGGAGAUUGUUACAGACCAGCAUCUUUACGGAUUGGGCCUGGUGACUACUCCGUAUACUAACAACAUUGUCAAGGAAUGGAUGAACAAUACAGAGUUGCCCGGUUCUCCUUCGGCAUAUACAUCAGUUUCUUGUAAUGAUAGGUCGCGACGAAUGGGGUACGCGCCCAAGGGCCGGUCCAGGAUUCAUCGGUCGUACAUCCCGGCGCCAGUGAGGAAGCUCCAGCCUAGAACUCAGCGUUCACAUAUCCCUGUUCCAGUGAAGAUGAACCACAGGUGGACCACACGGCAAAGUCCCCGGCCAUUGGUUGCAGAUGAGAUGCAGUUGUUUGAUCUGGUUACUUUCUGA